AUUUGCUAUCUCUAUCGUAAUAUUUCAGCCUCCUUUUAUUAGAAGAAAGGAAAUUAAAUAGAAAGAGCUCUAGCAACAAAGUGAAAUAUUAAAUGGCCAUUUCUAUAGGAAAAUUAGUACUUGUGUUCAUUUUCUUGAUUUUGAGUGUUGAAAUGCCAAGUUGCUUAGCAAAGGAGUAUGUGGUGGGUGACAAAAGAGGUUGGAGUCCGGGCGUUGAUUAUCAUCCAUGGGCUUAUGGCAAAAGCUUUCGUGUUGGAGAUGUUCUCCAUUUCUUCUAUACUCCAAAAGUGAUAGAUGUGGCAUCAGUGGAUAUUUCAAGCUAUGCACUUUGUGACAGUACUAUCAAAACAUUCUACAAGGAUAAUAGUGGCCAGACUUCAAUUACUCUUGAAAAAUCUGGGCCAUACUACUUCAUAUCUACAAACAAAGAAGGGUGUUUUACAGGUCUCAAGCUAGAGUUGCAUGUUCUUUAAAAGUUAUGUGAAGAAUUUAAUUUGUUGUGUUCUUUUUUUUGUUGUUGUUCUCAAGCCUAUUCUUUUAUGCAUUUGUAAUAAGGUUAUUGCUAAUAACAUGAAUGUUCCACUUA